ACCGAGGCGCCGCCGGCGCCACUAGCGGCCCCGCACAUGGAGGAGGACGACGCGCCGACCGAGCGCGCGCGGCGCAACUUGCAAGCCGCGUUGAAUCAGCCGUCCCAGCAGGAUUUGAACGAGCCGGACGCGGACGCGGCGCCGCCGCAAGACGACCAUGAAGUGGCGCCCUGGAAGCGCCUCGAGAAUAAAAGUAGAGCCGCGACGGGCCGGAAGCGGGCCCAAGCACUAGGUCAAGUCUCGGACAAUUUUGUCAGGCUAGACCUCACGCGAAAAGGCACCUACCGCAAGCGCCCCACGAAAAAGAAUGAUAGGCGCAAGUUCGAGCGGCAGUACGCUCGGGACGAUGGUGAUGUCGGUUCCAGAACGACGGCUCGCCGAGCCAUUGAUGGAGACUACCACCAGGGCGUUGAUGUGAUUGGAGAGGAUGCAUGUAUCGAGGAGGCCAAGAAGGGUUUGGAUGAACCGGAACUGACGGGCUACGACUCCGAACAUUUAUAUACGAUCCACGCUCCCAGGUGUUCGGUGCAUGGCGUGCCCGCUCGCGUGCUGAAAGUGAAGAAGGCCAAGAACGGUAACAAGGGACGACGCUUCUACUGCUGCGCACGACCUCGAGAAGACCAGUGCGACCACUUCGGUUGGUGCGAGGACCACGCGCCGGCCGUUGCAGCUGUCUUGAAAGCUAGGUCAUCAUUACUAGAUUGGCGCAGCCGCGCCGUGGACGAGAGGCAUAAACAGCGCGAGGCGUGGUCCGUCGCCGAGAUCAAGGCCGAGCUGAGGCGAAGGCGCGUGCCGUACACGUCGGGCCAGCGGAAGCGGGCGUUGCUGGGCUUAUUGCGGACCGACGACGCGAAACGCUUGGGCCAGCCGCCGCGCACGGUGCCUCCUCCACCAGUAGUGGAGAAGAAGAAGAAGAGGAAGAAGCGCGUCGCGAGGAAGCGGGCGCGCGUCGACGAUGAGGAGGCGGCCGACGACGACGAGCCCACGGAGGAGCCGCCGCCGCGCCGCCGGAGCGCCACGAAGCUCGCGGAGGACGAGGAAGCUGUGGAAGCGACGGCGCGGCCGCGGCGCGCCGCCUCGAAGCGCGCGAUCGUCGAGAGCAGCAGCGACGACGAGGACGACGCGUCGUCAUCGGACGAGGAGUCGGAGUCGUCGGAGUCCGAGUCGGAGGAAGAGGAAGCGAUCGAAGCGGCGCCGAAGCGGCCGCGCGGCCCGCCGCCGACCGCGGCCGAGUUAUUAGGGGCGCUGCCGCCGAACGAGCGGCCGGUCGUCGCGCCGCCGGCCGCCGCGCCAGUAGUGGCCAAGGCCGCGGACGACUCCGACUCGGACGCCGACCUCGAGAUUGUCGGCGCGCCCCAGAAACAACCGCAACUGGCGCCGAGCGAUGUCUUAAGGAGCGUCUUCGGCCACGAGCAGUACCGGACGGGCCAGGAGUGGGCCGUCGAUAGAGUGCUCGAGGGCAAGUCGGCUUUAUGUGUCCUACCGACGGGCGCCGGCAAGUCGCUGUGCUACCAGCUCCCCGCUUGUUUGGUGAAGGGCGUCGUUGUUGUGGUCUCACCUCUAGUCGCAUUAAUAGACGAGCAGCUCUCGCGACUGCCGCCCGAGUUGCCCGCAGUAGCUUUGUCCGGCAGACACGGCGCUACAUUAAGGCAGCGCGUCCAGGCUUUGGAUGAUGUGGAGAAGGGCCGCGCCAAGGUCGUCUUCGUCUCGCCGGAGCGACUAGGUACAAGAGCGUUACACAGAUGCUUCGAGUCCGUCGAGUGUUCUCUCCUCGUAGUGGACGAGGCCCACUGCGUCAGCCAGUGGUCGCACAACUUCCGGCCGGCCUUUCUGAAGGUAGGAGACGUCGCAAGGACAAAAAUAAAACCUCGAUGCACGCUGGCGUUGACGGCGACGGCCUCGCAAGCGGUCAUGAAAGAUGUCUGCGACACGCUGGGGUUGAACAACACACCUCAUGACGAGGGCGGCGACGUGUUUGCGCAUUCCUGGAGACGGGACAAUUUGAGACUGAGCGUCACGGACUGUUGCGACGAGCAAGCAAAACUAGAUACCUUAUGUCGAUUACUAGGAGCGAAGGAUGAUGGUGGAGACGUGGCGACGCGCGGCGAGGCGACGAAGAAGCGGCGCCGGAGUGCUGAAGGGUCGUCCGUCGUUUACGUCAGGACGCAGUUCGAUAGUGAACGCGUCGCGGAGCAGCUUAGGGACAGAGGCGUCGAAGCGAGACCUUAUCAUGCGGGCCUAUCCGCGGGUGAUAGAAGAAACGUAGCUCGCGACUUCGCGAGGAACACGUGCAAAUGUGUCGUCGCGACGGUGGCGUUCGGGAUGGGCGUAGACAAAGCAGAUGUCCGGAGGGUCGUGCACUAUUCUUUACCUACAUCUCUGGAGAGGUACGUUCAAGAGGUUGGACGGGCUGGGAGAGAUGGUGAUGAGGCUCACUGUAAUUUACUCUUAGAUAAGGCUGACAUACGGAGGUCGGCGGCUCUCGCGUAUGGCGAUGGCGUGGAAAGGAUGCAGAUCCUGGAGUUACUCCGUUCGCUAAAAGUGGGCUAUGUGGCGUGGCCCAUUGAUGAUUGUGCGGAACGAUUGGAUCUGCGGGUGGAGGCCCUCGAGACGAUCGCGACCAUCGUAGAACGUCAUAGCAGUGUGGACGCGUCGUGCUGCGGGCGGUCUCCCGAUAGAGCUAGGAUACGAUUGCGAGCGAAAGAUGCGAUUAACCAGCCCGUGUUGAAGGCCUUACGCGAGGGUGGGCUGGUACCGGAGCCUAGGAGACGGGACGGGAAAGAGGAAGAUGAGCAACGAGACAGAACGUUGCACGGCCCCUACUCGGUUAGUGAAGCGGCUCACUCAUUACAAGCGGCGCCGUGGGUCUGUCGGAGGGAUUUAGAACGGUUGAGGGACGGCAAGAAGAUCGACCUGGAACUGUCAGGAUGGUCGCUAUUGCUGAAAGUAGAUCGACUGGAUAUAUCUGUUGAUGCUUUAGCUUCACAAGUGUAUGACGAAUUACAGAGAAUCGAGGCCGCCUCCUUGAAAAGACUAGAUGUGGCCUGCGACGCCUUCGCCAAGGCCGUCGAGGACCCGUCAACACUACAACCGCGCGUCGACGCGUACUUUGAAGGUAAUAGUGAUGCAGGUGACGGUGUGCGCUCCGCAUUCAAUGAUAUUGAUUCCGAAGCGGUCGCUAGGACGGUCCAAUCCUUAGCGCAGGACCCCAAGAUCCGCGAAGAAUCGUCGCUGGCGCCUUCUCUGAGAAGAGACCGGCACUACCUCGCGCGAUGUGUUUCUAGGCUACUCCACGGCGUGCCGUCGGCGGCCUUCGCGUCGCGGGACUGGCGCCAGUCCCAAUUCUGGGGCCGCCACGCCGAUGUCAGUUUUGCGGACGUGAGGAGGGCGGCGCUCGGCGCGCUCGCUUCCGUUGAGCAGUCCGAGGACGACGCUUUUUGGUCUGCUGCGGCCGACGCGGCGGAUGCGGCGGCGGCGGCUGCUCAGGACGACUCCUCCUCGGACGACGAGCUCGAAAUAGUUUAUUAACAGUCUGUGUCACA